AUGCUUGUGGCGUUGUUGGGUCUCUUCCUAGCAACAGAGCUGCCACAGGCUUUGUUUGGUCUAUUAACUGCAAUCGCACCUCAACUUUUUCAACAAUGCUAUUAUGCUUUCGGUGAGGUGAUGGAUCUGAUGGCGCUUGUGGGCUCCGCCGUGAACUUCGUUCUGUAUUGCAGCAUGAGUCGUCAAUUCCGCAAUACUUUCAGACGCUUAGCGCAUAAAAUCCUGCCACUAGCACGCCGUACUUCAGAAUUUGGCAACGUUAGAAAAGCA